GCCGGCCCCGCUCAGGAAGUGACAAGCGCAUUUCCUCCUCCUUCCCUCCCUCCUUCCCUCCGCCCGCCCCGCCCGCAGCACGGCGGCGGCGGCGGCGGCCGAGGGAGCGCGGCUCGGAGCGGUACCCACAGCCGGCCCGGCCCGGGCCGCGCCGCCGCCACCACGUUGCCAGGGAGGAAAAGGCAAAGUCACUGCCAGCACCAUUUUCUUCGAGCUAAGAUGUUGAGACAACGCACCUCUGUCCCUGCCCUGUCCUUUCGGUCCCUCUCGGCCGCUCGCGUGUACGGGAGUUGUUCCCCUGCCACUCCUAUUCCUUGAGAGCACGGGGGCAAUAAACCUGAUGUGGUUAUUCAACUAGAUGGGAGUUUUCCGUGCCCGGAGGCUGUUCCUGUACAUCCCCCCAGGAGCCGGCGGGGCUGAGCCUUUCCCGGGGGAACAUGCACUGACAGAGGAGCUUCCCCAGACCUUGGCUGCCGGCACCCUUGGCCUGGGCCCUGAUGGACUCCGAGGCAGGACUGCGUUACCAUGGUGAUGAUCUUAACCAAAACUCGUGAAAACAAAGGUGCUGACUCCAUAACAUGCAGGACUGAGCUGCACACUCCAAAGAUGAGUCAAGGACCUACCCUCUUCUCUUGUGGCGUGAUGGAAAAUGACAGAUGGAGGGAUCUCAGCAGGAAAUGUCCACUUCAGCUCGAGCAGCCGGGCACCAACAUCUGGGACUGCCUGUCGGACAAGGGCGAGGAGAGCUUGCGCUGGCCAAGGGACACGACCAGCACCUGCUCCGUCACCAACCUGAUCAAAGACCUCAGCCUCAGCGACCCCCACGGCAACCCCUCGGCACCCCCCAGCAAGCGCCAGUGCCGCUCGCUCUCGUUUUCGGAUGAAAUGUCCAGCUGUGGGACCUCCUGGAGACCUUUAGGCUCGAAGGUUUGGACCCCGGUGGAGAAACGGAGAUGUUACAGCGGGGGCAGCGUCCAACGCUACUCCAACGGCUUUGCCACCAUGCAGAGGAGCUCCAGCUUCAGCCUGCCCGCACGCUCCAACCCGCUCUCCAGCGAGCAUCCCGCCCUCAGCAGCCGCCUGGGAUGCCAGGCCAGGAAAUCAGCCGCUGGCGGGCGCGGGGGGGACCGGGUGGACAUGCAGAGGUCCCUCUCCUGCUCGCACGACCGCUUCUCCUCCUCCUCGGAGUACUGCGGGCCCUCGGCCAGCAGCACGCCCGCCUCCACGCCGGAGCUGGGGCGCCGCGCCGGGGGGCUCUCCCGAAGCCGCUCGCAGCCCUGCGUCCUCAACGACAAGAAGGUCGGGGUCAAGCGGCGGAGACCGGAGGAGGUUCAGGAGCAACGGCCCUCGCUGGACCUUGCCAAGAUGACCCAGAACCGCCAGACUUUCAACAGCCUCACCUGCCUUAGUGCUGCAGCUGAGGACGGUUCCCAGCGCCUCCCUGCCCCCCAGCCCUGGACCGCGGCACCCCGCUCCCCGGAGGUGAUGCCGGGCAGGACCCCCGCCUGCACCCCGGUCCCGGAGCCGCCACGCUCACGGGCCGAUGAGCACCGGGCCAGCAGGGACGACCUCUCCUGCGAGGAGGAGGAGGAUGGCGGCGGGAAGGAGGAAGACGGGGCGGCGUGGCGCAGCGGCGGGGCGGGCGCCGAGAGCCUCUUCCAGCUGGACGGCGAGAUAGAUAUUGAGCAGAUUGAAAACAACUGAGGAGGGAGCGGGUCCCCUUGGCCUGGGUUGGGGGGCUGCCAGCAGAGCCACAGGGCUCCCCGCGGGGUUUGGCGGGUCCUGUCGCCGCUCUCCUCCCGCCGGCUGGAGGGGAUGAAGCAGCUUUGCCAAAAUUUCAUCAGGUAUUCCGAGCAAUUUGCGUGUGUGUGCGAACCUUGAAAUUCUUUGUAACUACUGUAGCCAGAGAUCAGCUAGUCAGGAGAAACCACCUGCCCGGCUGGGGAAACUGGGCACAGAGACCGCUAAAAAUUCGCAUUUAGUGAGUAAAUGGCUUUUGCCGACUUUGUAUUGGAGCCGAUGGGGCUGUCCAUGUUCCCCCGGUUCCCACCUGUGCUUGUUUCUUCUUAGGGGAUGCACAAGGAGAAACCAACACCCAUGGGACUGGAAAAAGUGGGGGAAAACCAGAAUAUUGAGAUUUGCAAACCAAGCGCUGGCUGGUGGCUGCAGGGCCGGCUGCGGCUCCUCUUCCCCGGCUGUGUCCCAGCAGCAUCCCUGGCAGUGCCAUGAGAAGGAAAUCACAAGUGAAGUGUUUUGCUUAAAUUUAAUAAUGGUAAGAGCUGGAUUUUUACUUUUUUUCUUAAUUUUAUUUUCCUGAUGAGGAAUUAAAGGGACCCACUGGCCCCGCACAGCUCCAACGCGGAGCAGCAUCCGCAGCAGCGCUCGGCGGGCGCUGCCCGAGGAUGCUCAAAUCAUCCCUCUAUUUUUCCAUACCAAUCCCUUCUUUGAAACCCAUCAGGAAAAGGCCCCAUGGGGCUCGGUGCCACCCUAUCUCGGGUUCCUAUCACCCGAUUUUGAGUGGGGCUGGGCUGUUUACCCAAUUCCCAGCAGCUGUGCCCUCUUUGCUACCUGAGGCACAGCUGCCGCCCUCUUUUUCUUUUCUCUCUGUCUUACUGUGAAGGGGCUGCACGCCCGAGACGCCGCGGGGUUACUUGACAAAAAAUCAGCUGACAAAAAGGCUGAAAAUCCAGGUAGCAGCACUGAAAGCUUUUCCUCUUCCUGUGCCUUUUUUAAGCACAGAUAAAGUGGUGACCAUUACGUUUGUACGUUAGGAAUUCUCUUUGGUAAAAAAUAAGCUGUCUGCUUGCUAACAGGUUUAGAAGGACAUGUAUUUUUAUUUUCUCCCUCUUUUUUUUUUUGUUUGUGUGUUUAUCUAAAGCUCUAGGAAAGCUGUACAAGUGGCUUCCAGCGUCUUCUGCAGGUUGUCUCAGGCUCAGGGUUUACUUCCCGAGCUCUGCAAAAGCAAGAAAGGUAAAGAAAAAGGUCAUCUAUACCAACAGUAAUUGAAGAAGUAACAUUUUUAACAGGGUUCAGCACCAUCUGUAGGAGUCCGUAAAUCAGGAGGGGCUGAGAGCCACUGGUACAGGUGUUAUUCAUCAUUUCUGGUUAUGUUAGUGCACUUUUUUCCUGCGGUGGUUCGGGAUGUGUCUCCCAUCCCAGGAGAACCCAUCCGCUGUUCUAUAGCUUUAUCCCCCUCCUGGCACCGCAGAGGUUUAGUCUGCUCCCCCUAGGCCAGGCUUUGGUAGGCAGCGCCAGUCCCAAAUAGUCCGGGAGGGGACAACAGGGAUGUCUUUUCAUUUCGGGGAACCCUCCAGCUCUUUUAAAGUGUUGCUUGAGGCAUCGUCUGGAAGAAAACACAUCUUGGCUUCAUUUUUAGCCCUCCUGUUAUGGAAAGCGCUGCCCGUCUCAGACUUUUGGGAGUGUUGAGCUGUGGCAGCGUUUCCCCACAACCACGACAUGAUUCUCGGCUUUGAGUCUUCCUGAUGCUCGAUACCCCCGACACGUCCCCGCUUUCGGGGUACACGCCUCCCACUGGCACCUCCUGCCUGACCGAAAAAAGGGCAAAUUAACCCCAAAUCCAUGUCUGGCUGCAGCCGCAGGGCUCCAGGUGCAUCACCGGGGCUGUAAUUCCCAAGGGCUCCUGUUUUCUUUCCAAGGGCUGUGACCGGUGCCAUGCGACCCCCCCCAGCAGGAUGGUGACCCAUGGACCACUACCCAGCUGUAGUCGCCGUAGCGUUCAGUUUACACACAGCACAACCCGUUUGCCUUACUAAAGACGCUUCUCCAAUGAGUCAUGGCCUUAUCCUGGGCUGCACAGGCUGCAGGUAGUGACGGUUUGGGGGCCAGGGUGGUGUUCUGUUGGGUUAUUUCGUUGUUGGAUUUGUAUGAUUUCAUGUACUUAGUUUAAGAAAGCCUUACUUUUAAAUUUUUUUUUUCUCUCUCUGUAGAGGUAAAAAAAGAAACCAUUUGCGGAUUUAUAUAUAUAUAAAUAUAUAUAUAAAUAAAAUAAUUAAAAAAUAUUAAAUAUAAUAUAGUAUGUGCCUCAGAGUCAGGGGGACAUCCUGUUGAUUGUAAAGUCCGAAGUGGUUUUGCUCCCCGGCAUUGGGAGCUCUGGACCCUGCGACCAUCACCCCAGGGGAAGGGUCUUGCUCGUGGUUUUUAAAGGACUUUAUUACACAGAUGCUUCGGUAACCUCCCCCAGCAACUUCCUGCCGGCUGCCAGAAUGUGAUAUUAAAGUAAUAUACAGGCAAUGGAUGUUAUUGUAGCUAAAACAGGCUCAAUAUUGUGAAGAGACUCGGUGGCUUGUCCAAGGUGCGACCCAGGAUGAGCGAGCUGGUGUUGGCAGCAAUAAGGCACGAGUCCUGAAUAAAAGGAGUUUAAUAAGACAAGUCUUAGCAGGUGCAUGGGGGGUUUGUGUGUGUGCAGAUACAGCUCUUUGAGCCUGUCCUAUGAAAGUUUAUAUCUUCAAAAAGAGACAGAAGUAUUUGUAAAAUAGAUUGUAAUUUUUCCACGUUAUAGCGUAGCCCGUUCGGCCCAUAAAGUCGCCUUUCAAGUGCAUUGUUGAAAAAGCUCCUGGCUGAACCAGGCUGCCAGACCGAACGUAGGACGUUAGAGGAUUGUAGCGGUGCUUUUCAUUGGUUUAUGUUCCAGAAAUCAAAGGAGAGGAUGGCCAAAAAAUAAGUAAAAAAAUAAAAAAAUAAUAAUAAAAAAAAGAAACAAAAAGAGAAAAGAAAAAGCCUUCUGAAGCUCUGACCUGUAGUAGCCAAGUCUCGCUGCAGAUGCACAAGCGCAGCGGGACGUGCGUGUCCCCGGGGAGGGGCUGCCCACUCAUCCCCCCUCCGUGACUUGAUAUUGCACUAGAGCAGCUCAGUCUCAGGAAAUUGCUUGUUACUUUUACUGUGUAAAUAAAGCUUCCUGGUUCAAUAA